GUUCUGCCAUGAUUCACCGCCUAGGUUCUAAUCUUAUCAGAUCGGAUUUGUAUGUGUAUGGUCCAACGGCCGCUCUUGGCGAUGAUAGAAAGAAAAUUAACCUCUAAAAUAUAUAAAACUGGAUGCGAACGCAACGAUGUCCAUAGAAGAAGAGCAAGAGGGGAAGGCUGGGGAAGUGCAACUCAUACGCACAGAAGGCCUCGCACUUGUCCUGGACACCCCUAAAGGCCGAGGCGUCUUCGCAGGCAGAGACAUCCCAGGGGGUACAAUUUUAGAAGUCUGCCCAGUUCUAAUACUGGACCCUCAGGAGAACGAAGAGCACGUCCGGAAGACAGAUCUUUAUAACUACACAUAUAACUGGCCACUCCCCGCAGCUGAGGGCUCCAAAACGCCAAGAAAGACGCAAGCGGUAGUGUUCGGGAUUGGGAGCCUCUUUAACCACUCUCAAAGGCGACAGAAUGUUGGAUGGAUGCGCGAUGUGAGCAAAGGGGUUGUGGUUUAUAGGACGCUGCAGGAUGUUAGGAAAGGAGAUGAGUUAUGUAUUUCAUACGGUGACCGUCUAACCUUUGUGGAUGCGGAUGCCAAACAAGUGGAUAGCGAUGAUGAGGACGACAAUGCGGCGUUGGCAAGGAUAGAUUUGGUUUGAUAUACGGCGUGCUUGUUAUAUUGGGGAGAAAUGGAUUUUAUAACCCAGGCCAGGAGGGUCAUUUAAAGAACUGGUUUGUGCGGAUUAGAUGAAAUAGAAU